AUGCGGAAAUUAAUCGGAUUAGACGCAAAAUCGAAAAAACCAAAAAAUCUCUCUUCUCUCUUUUCCCCCCUUUUGUCGACCGUCUUCGUGGAAUCCCUUUUGGAGGAGAAAUCAAUCGUUGAGCCUCUAAAAGCUAAAAAGCAUGAUCUUCUAGUGGUUCAUUCCAAGGCCUACUUAAACAGCUUGAAAUGCAGUGCCACUGUCGCUAAGAUUAUCGAGGUUCCCGCAGUUGCUUCUUUUCCAAACUAUCUUGUGCAGCAGAAACUUCUUCUCCCAUUCCUAAAGCAGGUUGGUGGGACGAUUCUGGCAGCCAAACUCGCAACAGAACGUGGGUGGGCAAUUAACAUUGGAGGAGGUUUUCAUCAUUCUUCUGCCAAGAGAGGCGGCGGAUUUUGUGCUUUCGCUGAUAUCUCUCUCUGUGUUCACUUUGCUUUUCUUCGUCUAAGGAUAUCUAGGGUUAUGAUAGUCGAUCUUGAUGCUCAUCAAGGGAAUGGCCACGAAACAGAUCUCGGCAAUGAUAGUCGCGUUUACAUUCUCGACAUGUACAAUCCUGAUAUAUACCCUUUUGAUACUAGAGCUAUGAGACUAAUCGAUCACAAGGUUGAGGUGGUGAGUGGGACUACCAGCAAAGAGUAUUUGAAAAAACUUGAUGAAGCCCUUGAGGUUGCUUGGCGAAAAUUCCAACCAGAGUUGGUAGUUUACAAUGCUGGGACUGAUAUCUUAGAUGGAGACCGUCUGGGGCUUCUAAAGAUAAGCCCUGAUGGGAUAACUUGUAGUGACGAGAAAGUCUUCAGAUUUGCAGGGGAUAGAGAGAUUCCUAUUGUGAUGCUGACUUCAGGCGGGUACACCAAGUCGAGCGCCAGAGUUAUUGCAGAUUCUAUAGAGAAUCUCUCACGUAAAGGCUUAAUCCAAACACGGCGCGGGUGA